GUGUUUUGAUCUUUGUCUAUUUCAAUUGAUCGCUGCGGCCUGCGGAUAAGUUCACUUGGCCGGUCGAUAAAGAUGUUCGUGAAGAAGUUGGUCGAAAUAGCAGCGAAGAAGCCUGGAGGAAGCUCAACGGAAGGACUGAGAGCUAAUGACGUUGAGCCACGUGUUGCUCUGCAUUAUGGAAUCCCUUCAGGUUCUCACUUGUUUGCUUAUGAUCCAUUUCAGAAGAUCCUCGCUGUUUCCACCAAAGAUGGUAGAAUCAAACUGUUUGGGAAAGAUCAGACUCAAGCUUUACUAGUGUCUGAAGAAACAUCCACAAGCAGGUUUCUUGAGUUUGUUCAGAACCAAGGAAUUCUUCUUAAUGUGAAUGCCAAGAACCAGAUUGAGGUUUGGGACUUAGACAAGAAGCUUCUGUCUCAUGUUCAUCUUUUCAACGGCGAGAUCACUUCUUUCCGGGUUAUGCAACAUACCCCUUACUUUUACGUUGGAGAUUCUUCUGGUAAUGUAUCGGUGUUUAAAAUCGAACAAGAAUCUAAUCAAGUUAUAAAAAUGGAGUACACUAUACCUUACCUAGCAUCAAAUGGCUCUCCCGUUGAAGCUUCUGAGGAUACUUCAGUUGUGAGCAUUCUACCACAGCCAACAGCUGAAAGCAAGAGGAUUCUACUGGUAUUUAGUAGCGGGUUUAUAGCGUUAUGGGACAUCAAAGAAAGCAAACCGAUUCUGAAAACAGGAGUACACGGGAUGGUAAAGCAAGAGGCGAAGAAAGCGACUUGUGCUUGUUGGGUUUGUCCUUCAGGAAGCAGAGUUUCAGUUGGCUAUAGCAAUGGAGAUAUUUUAAUAUGGAGCAUUCCUUCCAAAGGCGAAAGCUCGCCAGAGAGUUCUGCUAUGAUUUGCAAGCUAAACCUCGGAUACAAAUCCGAGAAGAUACCAAUAGCUUCUCUGAAAUGGGUUUAUGCUGAAGGGAAAGCAAGCCGGGUUUAUGUCAUUGGAUCAUCCUCAAACUCGUUGCAGGUGGUUUUAUUGAAUGAGCAAACCGAAACUCGGAUGAUCAAGCUGGGACUUCAUGUCUCUGAGCCUUGUGCUGAUAUGGAGAUGAUCAUAGCUGAUGUUAGUGAACAAAGCAAGCAUAAACAAGAUUAUCUGUUUGUUCUUGGAAAGUCUGGACGUGUGUAUGCUUACGAUGAUUAUAUGAUCGAGAAGUAUCUGAUUCAGUCUCAAUCCAAAUCAUCUCCUUCUCUCCCAAAGGAAACUGUGGUUAAGCUGCCAUUUUCAGAUUCAAGCAGCAUCACAGUAGGAAAACUCCUCACAAAUCCUUCACACUUACUUAAUCUAUCAGAUGAGGAUUAUGCUCAGCUGGCGAAAGAUGCUGCGCCGUUUCUUCCUUUUCAGGCAGUUCCAAAGGAAGGUUCCCGUUCUGCACAUUUUCCUGGUUUCACAAAGGUUAAGAAUGUUUACAUCACAGGACACAGUGAUGGAACCAUUGGUGUAUGGGACAUGACCUGUCCUUUUCUCAUUCCUCUCUUGUUUCUGAAAGAACAGACCGAUCAAGAUAUAUCUUCACGCGGAAAUGCGGCAUUGACAGCUUUGCAUUAUGACAGCAACUCAAGACUUCUUGUUUCUGGUGAUCAUAACGGAAUGGUUCGCCUUUAUAGGUUCAAACCUGAGCCAUACCUAACAGAAAACAGUUUUAUUCCUUUUCAAGGAAGCUCAAAGAAAGGGAAUAGCCAUAUUGUUCAAAGUGUUAAGUCCGUAAAGCUUACUGGUUCCAUAACCUGUAUUCAGAAAAGCCAAAACUCGAAACAUCUCGCUAUUGGAUCAGAUCAAGGACAUGUUUCUCUGGUUGACAUUGAGGAAGCAAAUGUGUUAUACACAAAACACAUUGCAAGUGAUAUCUGUCCAGGGAUCAUCUCCUUGCAAUUCGAGAGUUGCAGUGUUCAAGGCUUCGAGAAGAACGUGUUAGUGGUUGCUAUGAGAGACUCAUCAGUUUUUGCUUUGGACAGCGACACGGGAAAUAUGAUUGGAACCAACAUGAUUAAGCCAAAAAAGCCAUUCAAGGUUUUAUAUAUGCAGAUCCUAGAUGGAAAACAAGAUACUUCAGGAAAUGGAUUUGAUACGAGCAGAGAGAGCACAGUUGAGGAGAUUUCAAUAAGGCAGCCUUCGGUUUUGGUUUGCUCGGAGAAAGCUAUAUAUAUCUACUCCCUGGCUCACGUUGUCCAAGGAGUGAAGAAGGUCCUUCACAAGAAAAAGUUCAGUUCUUCACCUAUUUGCUCAGCUUCCACCUUCUAUGGAACCUCUGGUGUUGGUCUUACACUUGUUUUCACAGAUGGAACUGUUGAGAUAAGGUCUUUGCCAGAACUCUCCCUGCUAAAACAAACUUCCAUUAGAGGCUUCACAUAUUCUUCACCAAAACCAAACUCGUUACCAGAGACUACCAUAUCCGCUUCUUGGGAUGGAGAUCUAGUCAUGGUGAAUGGAGAUGAUGAACUUAUUGUCAGCUCAGUUUUACCUCAAAAAGACAUAUUUAGGCUUGUCGAGUCCAUGAGCCGAGUUUACAAGAAAGAUAACGCGGUUUGUCACGAAGGAAUCAUCACAUCAUCAUCUCCAAGGGAAAAGAAGAGUAUGUUUGGUUCUGUUUUCAAGACUAAAUCAAAGCGCGCAACUGAUACAGAACCAGAAAGCUUCAAGGAAACCGUCGAGGAGCUGUCUAAAAUCUUUGCAACGGCUAAUUUCCCAUGGAACAACAAUGUUGAGAGUAGUAGAGAGAUCAAUACAAUUACUAGAGUGGAAGAUGAAGAAGAGCUGGACAUAGAUGACAUUGACAUCGACGAUCAUCAGUAUAGUCAACAACAAGAGAAGCCUAAAGAACAAGGGUUAUUGUCAGGGCUUAGUAAACAGAAGAUGGCGAAUAGGUUUAGCAAUUUCAAAGGUAAGCUAAAACAGAUGGCAGCUAAGACUGAGAAGAGUGUUGUAACCAAUGACGAAAAGCAUGAGGAGAAAAACGGCGCCACAGUCGAUCAGAUCAAGAAGAAAUACGGGUUUACCUCGUCCGAGGAAAUGGGAGCUGCCAAAAUGGCUCAGAGCAAACUUCAAGACAACCUGAAAAAGUUACAGGGAAUUAGCUUGAGGACGACGGAAAUGGAAGAUACUGCAAAGUCUUUCUCCUUUACGGCAAAGGAACUACUAAGCGCUGUUGAGUUCAAUAAACAGAGCUCAAAACCUUAGCACUCUUUUCUCUCGAGCAUGUCAAAAUUAGCUUUCAUUUUGUUUCUCCAUGUUGCUAAACAAUACUGUAAAUACUUUCUUCAAAUUUAUACAAGUGUGAGAGUUUUGAACAUUAGACAAUGGAAAAGUGCUCUUAAUUUCAAUUUCAA